AUGGCUUUGAGGAUGAGUCUUUACAAUAUAGCUCAGCCUGUCGGAGCAAUGCUGUCAGGUGCAAUGCAGGGUGCGCUUUCAACAAAUCUGGAUGGUGCACUUGGUCGGACUGGCUGGCGAUGGGCAUUCAUUAUUAAUCCGGACCGUCCGAACCCACUGGCCAAGUUUUAUCUGAGACCCCGAGACAUUGAAGUGGCCGAGGCGAGAACUCGGCGGAUAGGGCGUGAUGCCCAAACUUUCUUCCGCUGCUUCAAGUUCUGGCAUAUUUGGUUGUUCUCAAUUGCCUGGGCUAUUGGAUCUGGAAUCACGCCUUCUAGUUAUUUCAACCUUUGGUUAAAGUCACUAAAAAAUCCAGAUGGAACCAAGAGAUACUCAGUCGGCAUGCUGAACUAUUUACCCAUCACCGGCCAAGCAUUGCAGCUAGUUGCAGAGCUUCUGUUCAGUGGGUUCAGUGAUUAUCUUGGAACUCGAUUGCCAUUUCUGCUUCUUCAAUCAGUUAUCAGCAUCACCUCACUCAUCAUUCUGAUCAUUCGACCGGGAAAUGAGCACGCUUAUAUGGCUGGAUGGUACUUGAAUUAUGUAGGCGCGUGA